UUAAAUGAGUUGAGGUUCUCCCAAUUUGUGUAUAGUAGAAGAAGAAGAACAAAGCAGAGGGAAUUUUUGAGUAAGAGAGACAUUUGAUUGAUUUUGGUAGAGCAGAGAGACAGCUAUCGAGAAAGAUGGAUUUGGAAUCGGUGGGAGGUUUAGCGCUUCAAAUGAUUAUGGAAAAGCUUAAUCCCGAAGACAUUGCGAGAGUUUCUUGUGUCAACAACAGGUUUAGGUCUUUCACUUCCGAUAACACUCUUUGGUUCAAAAUCUGUUCCAAUGAACUUCAUCUUACUCAACCUCUUGAUCAUCUCGGAAACCCUCUUCCUUCCUUCAAGGAAGCUUAUGGAACUUGGAGAGAAGCUUUUGUUAUGUAUCCUUGGUCUCUUGUUAAGCGUGUAAAAAGGUGCUGGGAUAGAAUAAACGAUUGGUUAACCAAUCAUUUUCCAGAAGCGAAAUCAACUCUUUGUAAAGGUGCUUCAGAAGCUGAGAUUCAAGAGUUGGAGGAUUUAUUAAAUGUUAAAUUGCCUCUUCCUACAAGGCUCAUUUACCGUUUUCAUAAUGGACAAGAAAUUUCAAGAUUAGAUCAUUUAGAUCCUGAUACUAACACAUUUGGAAGUUCUUUGGGAAUAAUUGGUGGUUACACCUUUUAUGAUCAUUUGGUUAAUGUUUAUUUAUUACCUAUAAGUCAGGUAAUCCUACAAACUCAGCAAAUUGCACAUAUCUUAGAGUUUUUAAGAAGAUCCAAGUGUGUUCUUGUGGCUGCUUCAUCCAUGUACACUGAGAAGUUGUUUUUCCUCAACUGUACCAAUGGUCAACUGUAUGUUGGAACCAGAAAUCUUCUUAGCCAUAGAGACAUGAUCCCAUCUGUACCCAUUAAUCUGGUUAAUUUGAAUCGUGAAUUGGAUAGCGAACAGAUACAGGAUGCCAUGCUAUUGUGGUUAGAAGAACAUGGCCGCCGUUUACAAUGUGGCGAUAUCAAACUACAUGGCGAAGGAGAUGACAAAAGCAUUAAUCUUUUCCCAGAAAAAUCACCUCUUUGUUCAACUGCUGUAACCAAUGGUGUGCAGGUUCGCGCCUCUGCAAUGGUUAUCCCUGAGUUGGUUGAUCUUCAAGAUGACCUUGAGAAGUACGUAUUUGCUUAUUCAAUUCGCCUGUCCUUACAACCUCAAGGAUGUGUGAUCAAUGGAAUGUCUCACAGCUCCUGCCAGCUUUAUAGGAGGCGCUGGAUUAUCCGUGCUAAUGAUAUUGUAGUAGCUGAUGUCAAUGGAGAAGCUGUUAUAGGAAGGUACCCACUUUUGCGUCCUGGUGAUAAAGAAUUUGUUUAUGAAAGUUGCACAUCUCUACCAACAUCGUCAGGUUCCAUUGAAGGUUCCUUUACCUUUGUACCUGGAAGAUUUGCAGACCCAAAAGGAGAUCCAUUCCUAGCUACAGUUGCAAGCUUCCCUCUCCAGCUUCCUGACUAUAUUUUCUGAUUUGUUUCGUUAUGGGACUCAGCUAUCCCUAAUGGUAAUUGCAGCUCGGGGAUGUUGUUUUGGUGCACCAUGUUACUUCUUACGAGUUGCUUGGUUUGGUUGUCGUCAGUUGAAGUUGUAGGAUAGUAAUACUGGAUUUUUCACAUUCUUGGUUUGUCUCCAAACUUUCUUGAAAUAAAUUUAAAACUUAUAUGAAAGGCAAUGCAUACACACAUUGAUAAGAGUAUUAUGGGAAUGUAAUCUAUUGUUAAUGUAAAACAUAUGUCAUUGAAUUUGAUGAACUUGGCAUAGGCUUUGUAAAUAUGCAGUAGUACGGACGAAAUUGUGCUUAUUGGCUUUUGAUCA